GCCAUUUCUCUCUCCUCUCGUACUCGCACCCUCUUCCUCACAUAGUAAUACAGAGUUUAAUAUCAUCCUUCCUCUGAACCUUCUUCUUCUUUUCCACUUCCUUCUUCCUCGGUUCUGGCGUCAUAUCAGGCGGACCAAACCACUAUUCCCACGCACAUCAUUAGCUUGUCUCAUCUUAACUACCUCAGUCUCCUGACCCUUUCCCUCACUUCCCCGGCCCAAACUCCAAGCAAACUCACCGAACCACCCGUCUUCCUCUCCUCAACCAUCUUUACCAGAUUCCUGUCAUACACUCCUCUGAAAUCAUGCCUCGGACACAUGUAUUUCACCACUCUUAUAAUCAUCGGUCCUUCGAUUCUUAUGGCACUAGAGGCGAAGAUUGGACAGGUGAGGAGACCCAUGCCCCAAUUGCAGGGCUGGACGAUUUGUAUCCAUUGGCAGGGCUGAUAAAGGACGUUUUUGUCUUUGGAUUUGGGGGAGGAGGAGUGAGAGUGGUGGUGAGAGCGAGGAUGAGAAUUAUUUUUGGGGUCCUGGUGCUCAUAGCAGGUGGAGGAUUGGUGGAAGGUAUAUUUGCACAUUUUGGUAGAUGUUACUUAGUGGAUGAUUUGAGUGUGGGUUGAAUUCUGUACUCGAGUAACAAAUUGCUAGGUACCUUCCUCUCUCGACUUGGAGAUGUGAGUUCGGCGGCGGUUUUGAGAAAUGCGAGUUGAAGGAAAAUUCAGACAAGUGUGAGUGAAUCGAUGGAGGACAAACACA